UUCACAAAAAACUCAACAAAAAAGUACGAGGCAGCCAAGUAAAUGGCGUCUCAAGUUGUUUUUUAUGCGAUUUCUAUGUGUUUCUCUUUUACUGUGUCGUAUUAAAUGUACACCACGGUCGUAUCAGUUAUUUAGUUAUACGUGUUAUAAUCUAAUUGAAAAACAUUGUUUACUUCGUCGACGUUUCAUUAUUUCCACGAAACAAUGGCGUCGAAUGAACAUUUGGAAUCCCACGUAAAACUAAGUGAAAAUCCUAGUUUGUCAGAUGAUAAUUGUAAUUCAAGUUACGCUGGGGACGCCGGUGAAGGUGUUAAGCGUCGUAAAAUGACUCAAGAUAAUAAGAAACAUUGUAAACUGGGAUACGAUCCAAGUAUGUCAACUGAAUCCACACACGCAUCUAUUGAUUCUAUAGGUAAAAAACGUAAACGCAGCAACGAUUCUCAAGAAGUAUGCGUAUGGGGAGAUAAUUCUAAGCCACCGAAAAUGAGUAAAAUAUGGCCAGUAUUUGAUUCCGGAGGAUUCGGAGAUGCUGCCAUGUUAACUCUACAUGUUGUACAGAAAUCCCCGAAUAUUGUCAACCCAUUAUUAUAUCAUCAAGAUAAAGAAAGCUUAUUAGAGAUCAAACAAACUCUGAAUGAAGACUGGUUUGGAGGAAUCAAUGCAUCAUGGAGUCAAACUAAAUUAAACCAAACUAUACCACGUGAUGACGUCACGAAACGCAUCUUCUCAUCAGUCUCCCGUCAGUUGAAGAUAAUAAAUGCUCACUUCCAGAAAUCCAUGCAGAGAUAUAAAUAUCCCAGAGUGACCAGGUCGAAUAUCCUUCUAGAACACACCAAUCUCCGAAGACCAGCGACUCAUUUCAGUUUAGCACUAAAAGCGAUCAAGUUCCAAACAACUCCGAGAAGAGAGUUACCAUGUUAUGGGAAUUUGGAACUACCUUUGAAGAUGAAACCGGAGAAAGGCUCAUCACAAGUCUUUCCCGCUAUAUGUACUGGUAUUAAAACGGACCCUGAUAAAGUGAAAAGUGAAGUGUUAGUGAAAGUUGAACAUGAUAAAGUGAAAAUAGAGAGAGAAAGAGAGAAAGUUAAAGAGAAAGAAAGAGAUAAAGAUAGGUCCCAUUCUUCACGUCAUUCUUCGUGUCAACAAUGUAGGCGACGGGCGCGCGUCAAACGAUGUUCUAUUGGUGUACAAUGUCGUCGGGAGAGGGCAGCACCCAUUUGGGGUCCUAGAGGACCCUGUGUGGAUAUUAAAGGCCUUAAAUACCACAGGUUAAUGCGUGUGGAAACUCAUCCGAAUGGGGGCGCUAGUGUAGUUUACCUAUAUCAGCAUGAUAUCGACAUGUUGAGCGAACAACAACAGGAAUCUUUAGCCAAGGAGUUUCUUAAGCUGGUAUUCUCCGAGGACAGUGGGGGGUGGGCUCAGUUCGUCUGCGGGGUGGUGCGGGGCGCGGCGGGCAGGCUGCCCUGUCUGCUGCGGUACCUCUCAGAGAGACAUCCCGCACUCACAGUUAAAGCGGGAGUGUUAGCACGCGCUUCCGAUAUAGAGACUACCACUAUCAGCAGAUAUUAUCAGCAGGUGCAACAAACAUACGCAGCGGGUACAUUCCGUUGUGGGCCGUUGCACCAGAUUUCUCUGGUGGGCACCGUGCAUGAGGAAGUAGGGGGAUAUUUCCCUGAUAUGCUGGAUAUGCUUGCCCAAUGCCCGUUCCUCAAACUGACAAUGCCGUGGGGUCCAAUGGCUGCAGUAGAGAUGGAACCGCAGGAGUCUAACGAUGGACCCAUCUUAUGGAUCCGUCCCGGAGAACAAUUGGUGCCAACCGCAGAGCUUGGGAAGAGUCCCAUCAAGAAAAGACGUACUGGCAUGAACGAGCUACGCAACCUACAGUACUUGCCGCGCUGGAGCGAGGCGCGCGAGUUCCUGUUCGAGGACCGCACGCGAGCGCACGCGGACCACGUCGGACACGGACUGGACAGGAUCACUACUGCCGCAGUCGGUGUGCUGAAGGCCAUACAGAGCGAGGGCGAAGGCGAGGGCGAGGUGCGGGGCCGCAUCACCAAGGACGUGGUGGCGUUCCACGCGGCCGACUUCAGCAAGCUGGUGCAGCUGCUGCAGCUCGACCUCUACGAGCCCCCCAUAUCGCAGUGCGUCACCUGGCUGGAGGAGGCGAAGCUGAACCAGCUGCGGCGCGAGGGUGUGCGCUACUCGCGGCUGGCGCUGUGCGCAGACGACGUGUACUUCCUGCCACGCAACAUCAUACACCAGUUCCGCACCGUCUCCGCUGUCACUUCCGUCGCAUGGCAUUUACGGCUGAAGCAGUAUUAUCCGUCGUCGGAGGCUUCGUCCCCGGCUGAGGAGCGCCCCGCUGCGGACCCCACGCCACACGUCAAUACUGAACCUAAAAAAUCAUCAGCAACGAAGCACAAAAGUGGUGUUAUUGAGAUGAGAGCGUUGAGCGCUAAAUACAAAGACAAACCCACGUUAAAACUGACAGACAGAAAGAGUACAGAAGUACAGACUAACAAGACAGAAGAUAAGAAGGAAAAGAGAGAAUCCAGACAUGAAAGGUCUGAUAGAACGGACCAGAAAUCACAUAGACACAGAGAUAGUGACAGACAUAGAUCAGAGAAAUCAGAGAAAUCGGAAAAACCCGAUGUUAAAACUGAAAAAGACGUCAAAACAACCAAAACUGAAAUUAAGGUUGAAAAAGUAGAUUCAGAUAAAACUUCCAAACACAUUGAUAAAUUAGAUAUAGAAUUAACAGAUAAGGUAGUUGUUAAAUUGGAAAAUCGGUUAACUGACAAAGUUGACGGUAAAUGUACAGAUUUAGUUAAAACAGAUAAGUCGAUCGAAAAGGUUGACGCUAUCGAUAAAUCUGAGAGUAAAGAAAAAUCUAAUGUCAAAUUAGAUAAAACGGAGAAUAGAUUAUCAGAUAAAUGUGACAAAACAAAAACUCAAGAUACAGAAAAGGCAGAUAAAAGUGACAAAGCAACAGAAAAGUCGGAAAUUAGAGUGUCAGAGAAACCUGACAGCAAAUUGACCGACAAGUCUGACAGUAGAACAUCAGAUAAACCUGACAAGACAGAUAGCAGAUCGUCAGAAAAAUGUGACAAGACAGAAAGCAGAUCCUCUGACAAAUCCGAUAAGGCUGAAAGUAAGUCGGCAGACAAAUCAGAAAGUAAAUCUUCUGAUAAAUAUGAGAAGUCAGAAAGUAGAUCAUUAGAUAAAUCUGACAAAUCGGAAAGUAGAUCAUCAGAUAAAUCUGACAAAACAGAAAGUAGAUCUUCUGAUAAGUCUGACAAAUCAGAAAGUAGAUCUUCCGAUAAGUCUGACAAAUCAGAAAGCAGAUCUUCUGAUAAGUCUGACAAAUCAGAAAGUAGAUCAUCAGAUAAAUCUGACAAAUCAGAAAGUAAAUCUUCCGAUAAGUCUGACAAACCGGAAAGUAGAGCUUCCGAUAAGACCAUGUUUUGA